AGACGGCGGAAACGUUUGGGAGCAGCGGCGAUGGAGAAGUAUGAGAAAAUCAAAGUUGUUGGAAGAGGAGCUUUCGGGAUCGUUCACCUGUGCCGCAGGCGCAGCGACGGGGCCUUUGUCAUCCUGAAGGAGAUCCCAGUGGAGCAGAUGUCACGAGACGAGCGUCUGGCGGCUCAGAACGAGUGUCAGGUGCUCAAACUGCUCAACCACCCAAAUAUCAUAGAGUAUUAUGAGAACUUCCUGGAAGACAAGGCCCUCAUGAUCGCCAUGGAAUAUGCACCAGGAGGCACCUUGGCUGACUACAUACAGAAGCGUUGUAACUCCCUGCUGGACGAGGAUACCAUUCUUCACUUUUUUGUACAGAUCUUACUUGCUCUGUACCACGUACACAACAAACUCAUCCUGCACCGAGACCUCAAGACACAGAAUAUUCUUCUUGAUAAGCAUCAGAUGAUCGUCAAAAUCGGUGACUUUGGCAUCUCCAAAAUCCUUGUCAGCAAGAGCAAAGCCUACACAGUGGUUGGGACUCCUUGCUAUAUCUCCCCAGAGCUGUGUGAAGGAAAGCCGUACAACCAGAAGAGUGACAUCUGGGCUUUAGGCUGCGUGCUGUAUGAGCUGGCGAGCCUCAAGAGAGCCUUCGAAGCUGCUAAUCUACCCGCUCUCGUUCUGAAGAUCAUGAGCGGUACCUUUGCUCCGAUCUCAGAUCGGUACAGCCCAGAGCUCCGACAGCUCAUCCUUAACAUGCUCAAUCUGGAUCCAUCCAAGCGGCCUCAACUCAAUGAAAUAAUGGCUCUUCCAAUAUGCAUCAGGCCCCUUCUUAACCUCUACACGGAUAUAGGCAACGUGAAAAUGCGAAGGAUUGAAAAACCACUAUCUACUGUGCAAACUGGUCCUCAAAGCAGACCAGGAGGGAGAGUUCCUACUAGCAGAUCCAGAGAUGGAUCAGUGGGUUUAGGAUCUGGAAAGCUGCAUUCUCUCCCGCUGUCCUCGGUGUAUACAUGGGGCAGUGGCAUCUCAACGCCUCUCCGCCUGCCAAUGCUCAACACUGAAGUGCUACAGGUGUCUCUUGGUCGCACGCAGAAGAUGGGAGUCACCAAGUCCGGCCGUCUGAUAACAUGGGAGGCUCCGUCAGUGGGAUCUGGUGAGGCCAGUCUUCCCGGUGUGGUGGAGCAGAUGCAGCCUCAGUUCAUUUCUCGCUUCCUCGAGGGUCAGUCUGGAGUCACCAUCAAGUCCGUGUCCUGUGGCGAUCUCUUCACCACCUGCAUGACAGACAGGGGCAUUAUCAUGACGUUUGGGAGCGGGAGCAACGGUUGCCUGGGACACGGUAACUUUAAUGAUGUAACACAGCCCAAGAUAGUGGAGGCACUCCUCGGCUAUGAGCUGGUUCAGGUGUCCUGCGGUGCUUCCCAUGUACUCGCUGUGACCAAUGAAAGAGAAGUAUUUGCCUGGGGAAGAGGAGACAAUGGUCGCCUCGGGCUCGGUACCCAAGACACCCACAACUGUCCACAGCAGGUGUGUCUACCUGUGGAAUUUGAAGCCCAGAGGGUGGUUUGUGGAGUCGACUGCUCCAUGAUAAUCAGCACCCAAUACAGCAUAGUGGCAUGUGGAAGCAACAGGUUCAACAAGCUUGGCCUGGACAAGAUUGCCUCAGGAGAGGAACCAAAUCCCUCCAAUCAAGUGGAAGAAGUUCAUUCUUACAGUCCAGUCCAAUCAGGCCCGCUCAACAGUGAAAAGACUGUUUACAUUGACAUCGGGACAGCUCAUUCUGUUGCUGUUACAGAAAGAGGUCAGUGUUUUACCUUCGGCAGCAACCAGCACGGACAGAUGGGCUGCAGUUCCCGUCGUAGCAGCCGUGUUCCCUACCUGGUGCCUGGCCUGCAGGGUAUCACCAUGGCUGCAUGUGGCGACGCCUUCACCUUAGCCAUUGGAUCUGAAGGGGAGGUAUACACGUGGGGAAAGGGGGCCCGCGGCCGACUCGGUAGAAAAGAGGAGGACUCUGGGAUACCGAAGGCGGUGCAGCUCGACGAGAGUCACCCGUUCACGGUGACAUCGGUGGCUUGUUGUCAUGGCAACACUCUGCUGGCAGUGAAACCUCUGCUUGAGGAGCCGGUCCCGAGAUGAAAACUAACCCACUUAGUGGCCGUCAUGAAAGCUGGCAGUGGCCCGAGGAGGAGGACAGUUUCUUCACUUUCCUUUCAUUCUGCAGCUGCGGCUUCAGAUUUUCUCUUCUUCUCUGUCUAGCCCAUCGUUUGUCUUUCAGGGAUGUUUGGUUGUUUGAGUCAGCAGCUUGAUAACAUGGAGCAAAGCUCAGAAAAGGUCACGACCUAUCUGUAGCAGCAAGUGUAUCACAACAGGUAGGUCAGAGGAAUGUUGCAACACUGAUACUGGAGCUGGAUUAGAGGAAGUCAUUAGGCAGCAGUCAUGUGGAGAGCUAUUGUCCUCUCUCACGUGUGGCGUUUGCACGAUAACCCGUGAAAGGCCAGCAAAAGUCAAACUGGUUUGAGCUUUCUUAAGCAACUUGGUGAAUGAGAGGAAAAGAAUGAAGCCACUUGAGCGAUCAUCAAUCAAACGGAGCGAACACAUUCAUCUCGGUCACAUCAUCAGUGGUCACUUUGUGCCUUAUUGGAUUAGUCCUCUAAUACAGCAGUGUUCAAGCCAGAUAACGACGGGCUGAGUCAGAAAUCCCUCCCUUGUUCACCCUUUCACUGCUCUGCAUAAUGAGCACUCAGCGGUUCACUCAUGGACGAUUUAUGAACCAAUGGGCCCCUAUGCCCAGACGCAUAAAAGACCCCCAGUCGUCCCCCUGAAUGAACACAAACCGACACUGAAAGCCACGCAGAUGUCAUUUCUAGUUGUUUUGUGUCUCCAGCUGUGCAUCUUUCUGAUGUUUUGCAUCAUUUUAUGCCUCGUUGUGUUCAUUUUGAAUCUCCUUUUGAUUGUUUUGCAUCCCUCUGUGGUCCUUUGCAUUUAAUUUUGUGUUUUGUCUCACAUUUUGCUCGCUGUGCACUUCUUUGUAGCCAUUCUGUGUCUCGUUGAGGCCAUUUUCUGUCACAUUUGGGUUAUUUUGAAUCUCAUGAUGGUUGUUUUCCACCUUUUUGUUGCCAUUUUGUGUCUUUGUUGUUGUUUUGUCUCUCUUGCGUCUGAUUUUGGUUAUUUUACGUCUCUUCCUGGGACAUGCUCCCAUCAGCCACAUUGAAGCCACUGACAUGUGACGUGAUCAUCUUGUUCAUCUUAGAAUAGAAUAGAAUUUAUUGCCAUUUGCACAAAUACAUCACAGUACAGGUACAUUGGAAUUCUUGUACCUGACUCUGAGUCAAAAUAAGAAUGAUUUAGCAGCAAUUAAGAAAGAAACAAGAACCCUGAAAUAAAUCACACUAAAGUUUAAAUAAAUUAAAAUGAACUACAGAUAUUAGCAAAACAGAUAAAUAGAUUAAUAAAAUAAAAUAGAUAAAACAAACACAACAAUCAAUAAAAAUGUUAUUGCCUAUCGUGAAAGUAUUGCACAUUUGUCCCUUGUAAUUUGUGCAGUGUUGCAGUAUUUUGAUGCUCUGCCGUGUUAUAGUACUUCCCCUCCCUGAUGUACAAUGCCAAUUGUCUGAUGGUGGCCGGAAAAAAGCUGUUAUGGAAACGGGCUGUAUGGGCUCUGAUGCUCACAGGUCUACUAUAUUUCAUGCCGUAGCUAGCCCGAGAUCCCCCACCGAAACAGGUCAUGAGCUGGAUGGUGUUUGUCCUUCAAAAUGUUCUGCGCUUUCUGCCGGCACUGAUGUGUGUAUAUGGUGUCCAUAGACGGGAGGUCAGAGCCAACAACUUUCUCUGCAGUCCUGAUGACACGCUGGAGUGAUUUCCACUCAUCCACAGUGGUGUUGCCAUACCACACUGUGAUGGCGCAGGUGAGGACGCUCUCCACCAAACCUUUGUAGGCCUGGGUGAGAGGCUGGCAUCCUAGUCCGGUCUUCUUUACCACCCGAAUGAAGUGCAGCCUCUGCUGAGAUUUUUUCACUGAUUGCAGUGUGUUUGGCCCAGCUGAGGCUCUCUGAUGUGUUUAAGCCCAGGAACUUGUAGCUGUCAGUUCGUUCCACCGUGGUGAAGAUGGUCAUGUCUGUGGCAUCCAGACAGCCCUGCAGUUUUUCCACUGCUUCCUCAGUCCACAUCUUUACAGACCUGAUUGUGACUGAGUCUGCUUUAAGUCUCUUGGUGUAGGUAGUCUGCAGCAGAAUGGCAAGAUGAUCGCAUUUCCCAAAGUGUGGUUUGGAAACAGCAGUGUAAGCAUUUCUGAUGUUACAGUAACAUUAAUCCAGGAUAUUAUUUCCCCUGGUGGGGAACUUGAUAAACUGAUGAUAUUUGGGGAUGCUUUACCUGAGAUCAUAGUGGUUAAAAUCUCCCACAACAAUGACAGCAACCUCAGGAUAGUCUUUCUCAUGUCUGCUGAUUGUGCUGUCCAGUUCUCUAAGUGCAUUGUCCUCAUUAGCUGAUGGGGAUGUACACUACACUCAGUAUGAGACAGUGCAGCUCUCUGGGCAGGCAGAGUGGCCUGCAUUUCACAGUAAUAUACUCCAUGUCCUCAGAGCAUGAUUGUGAUAUUAGCGCAUUGUUGAUGUUCCAGGCUUGUUUGAUGAAGAUUGCUGUUCCUCCCCCACGAGUUUUGACACAUUCUGUAGCAUUGUGGUCAGCCCUGAAGACGGUCGGUGUAGCCUGUUGGUUUUAUAGUCUCAUUGGGGGUCCCUUGUCCGAGCCAUGUUGCGCAGAAACCUUGAGUGUCCAGCAAUGGAGGUGUGAGCUUACUGGGACAGGACAUCUUCACUGCUGUGGAGGCUGUGGAGAGGAGUGGGAGGUUUGAUCCCUGGAGCCAGAGAACUGAUCAGUUUCUGGCCCUCGAAGCCUUUCAGCGUCGUCCACUGGCCGUAGCAGCAUCGACUGUCGGCAGGUGAUUUUAAUGUUGUAAAUAAUUUGUUUAAAUUGAAACUAUGGGAUCCCAAUGUCUCACUUGUCCUGUGCCCAGACAGUGAUUUGUCCACGAGUUCACUCUGUAAGAAGCACACAUACUAUCAACAGAACUGUGUUCUUCCCACACUUCAAUUCAGAAAAAGAAGAAAAUAAAAUAAAGCGCUCUAUGUAGUAGACGGGGAGUGAUUUCUAACACGGCCUUUGUAUUUCAUGGAAGAGUCUUGUUUUGAUGUGAAUGUGAAGCAUAUUUCAAAUGAGACUGUGAUGUAUGUUGCGUAAACUGUGUUAAGAUGACCAAAGACAAAACUGCCAAAGCAGGUGAAGAGCCUGGCAGAAACAAGCACUUGGGUCUUUUAUUUAACCCCUUAAACCCUCCACUGUUUCUUUUCUUUUUAUUUAUUUAUUACUGACAAAACACCCCCAAAUUCAGUUUGUAGCAGCUGCACUGCCUUUAAGUCAACAACCAAGGGCUCUAUUGAUCUGAGACACUUGUUUAAUACACCAAGACUGUGUUCCUAUUUACAGGCCAGAGUGAGAUAUCAAAAACUGACUGAUCAAACCUGUAAAUUAGACACAAACGGAGAAGAAUCACAACAAUAAUGUAUUCACUGUGGUCAUAUUAGCAACCAGAGGCCUCUUCAUUAAAUAAACCAAGCUUGGGUGCAGAGUUGUCUUCGAUGGAAAGGGUUUAGUAAAUAGAGUAGUAACACUAAUCAAUCAUUUAAUCAAUCAAAAUUAAUCUAUAUAGUGCCUUUCAUACAGUUCAGUGCAGUUCAAAGUGCUUCAUGCAUGACUGAUAGAGAGUAGAGAGAGGAAUAAAACUGGAUUUAAAAUAUAUAUAUAAAAACAAAGAUUAAAACAUACACUACUGUUCAAAAGUUUGGGGUCACCCGGAUAAUUUCAUGUUUUCCAUGAAAACUCACACUUUUAUUCAUGUACUAACAUAAUUGUACAAAGGUUUUCUAAUCAUCAAUUCAACACCAUUAGCUAACACAAUGUAGCAUUAGAACACAGGAGUGAUGGUUGCUGGAAAUGUUCCUCUGUACCCCUAUGGAGAUAUUCCAUUAAAAACCAGCUGUUUCCAGCUAGAAUAGUCAUUUACCACAUUAACAAUGUCUAGAAUGAUUAAUUUAAUGUUGUCUUCAUUGAAAAGAAUAAUGAUUUUCUUUCAAAAAUAAGGACAUUUCUGAGUGACUCCAAACUUUUUGAACAAUAGUGUACAUGCUACGUUCAAACAGACUUAAAGACAAACAAUACAGUGUAGAAAAGUGAAAGAGGCUGACUUCACAUUUUUACUGAGGCAAAAUAUGCACAAAAAAGUAUCUAAUGAAGGGCCAGGGUUAGAUUAAGCGUGCGCAGUGAGGCUAGUUUGAAGCAUUACAUAUACUGCUUGGUAGCAUAAUCUUUAUAACAAAUCAACAGGUCACCAUUUAUUAGUUAAUAAUUUUUAAAAUAUGUCAAUAUGUAUAUCUGUAACUUUAAAAAGUGCAUUUCAUGGUAGAGUACAAGUAUGGAACACAAAAUACAAUACAAGAUACCUGAAAAUGGUUCUUUUCACCACUGCUGAGAGUUAACUCUAUGCAUUUUUAUAUUUACUUGUACUUAUAAGUACAUCAUUACCUUUUCUUGUGAGCUUACUUUACUUUAAAAGAUCUUCACAGGUGCAAUAAAUCACUGAUCGGCUUAAAAACAUGCAGAAGCACUGAUGGUAGUUUGGCUAUAGUUAAAUUAGAGAGAAUCUGAUUGCUGCUGUGCUAAAAAAAAAUCGUGUUUAUGCUGAAUAAUGUGUCUGUUCUUCACCAUGACUGGGAACCGUAUAAAUGAAAGUAGUUGUGCACCUCAGAGUAAAGAUCUUAAACUGAAUAACUACCCCUCUCAGUGACAGUCUCUGCACCGCCUCCACAUCCCUCCUUUCAUCCUCAAAUUAUCCUGCAUUUCACUUUGCAACAGCAUCUGAUUAUUUAGCAGCCGGCGCCAUUAUUGCAAUUAUUAGCACACAUUAAGUCAUUUUUCUAAUUAAUCCACAUUCCUCCCUCAGUAAGAAGGAGUUCUUGUUGAUUUCAGACACCUUUUUUUUUUUUCUGAGGACAGGGCUCAGCUGCCAUUGUUGUCCUGUGUGAUGAUGUAAUGGUGAUGUAAUCCGGUGGCAAUAGGAGCAGGUGAAAAAUGAUCCUGAUGUGAGGAUGCUCGGUUUAUCAACACCAUUUAGAAUCAUGUGUUUGUAUUUUGUGAGCAUGAUAAUGCAAGCCAGGUGUUACUUUCCUAGUGUAUUUAUACAAGAUUUUAACAUAAAAACCAGAGAAUAAUGCA